AUGAAACGAUUUUCUGCAACGACAUUGGCAGUGCUCUUAGUAUUGGUGUUGGUAAUAUCGAUGAGUGACAAGGCCGAAGCUGCUAACUGUUGCUCAAUCUUUAACACCAAGUGUUGUUGUCGUAACAAAGCUGGACAACAAGUCGGUGUUAAAAUUAAUAUUUUCAACGGCUUACAAUUUGCUGCCGAUGGAGGUACCUGUGAGGGAUGUCAAAUUGGUUGGAAAUGUUGA